GCAUAGUGCAGCGCCCCUGUGUCCUGAUUGUUAAGGUGGACCUUUCUGCCAAACACAUCUAUUUGCUGCCGCUACAACGCGCAGUGCUGAGGCGGUUCCACAGGAAAGAGCAAGCAGUCAGCAGCAAAAAGCGGCUGAACAACAACGGAAGCGAGAGCGUUUUUUGCAUUUCAGGACAAUUUCGUCCUACUUUAGGGGUGUGUCAAGGAGCAUGCAUUCAACGCGCAGGUUUAACGAAAAAAAACAUCUGCUAAUUUAAGUUCUUCGCUGCAGCAACUUUUCAGUCGUCAGUCGUUGUUUUCUUUGUUUUGACUAAGGAUUCAUAAAGGUAGUUUUUAAAUCUUGAGAAAUGUCUCGCAAGAAGGCUGCCAAAGGCAAAGCCGCGACCAGCAGCCCGUCUGCGGGCAGCCCCACCGGGAAAGGGAGCGGGAAAGCUGCGAGGAACCCGGGCAUUGUUCAGAUGAACGGCGUGGUCCAUCCCAGCAGACCCUCCAUCAGCAACAGCAGCGAGUUUUAUGACAUCGCCUUUAAGGUGAUGCUGGUUGGAGACUCUGGUGUGGGGAAAACAUGUCUACUAGUCCGUUUUAAAGACGGAGCUUUCCUGGCUGGCAGCUUCAUCUCAACUGUGGGCAUUGACUUUAGGAAUAAAGUCCUGAACAUUGAUGGAGUCAAGGUGAAGCUUCAGAUCUGGGACACAGCUGGACAGGAGCGUUUCCGUAGUGUCACUCAUGCCUACUACCGUGACGCCCAUGCUUUGCUUUUGCUGUACGACGUCACCAACAAAACAUCCUUCGACAACAUACAGGCAUGGCUGACUGAGAUCCAUGAGUACGCCCAACAGAAUGUGGUGCUCAUGCUGCUUGGAAACAAGGCUGAUGCCACUCAUGAGAGGGUGGUGAAGAGAGAAGAUGGCGAGAGGCUUGCAAAAGAGUUCGGUGUUCCCUUCAUGGAGACCAGCGCCAGGUCAGGUCUCAAUGUAGAGCUGGCUUUCACCGCAGUGGCAAAGGAGCUGAAGCACCGGUCUAUGAAGGAUCCCAGUGAGAAGUUUAUGCUCCAGGAGUACGUAAACAAGGAGAUAAAAGCAGGCUGCUGCAGAACUUAAAGCCUGCCCGUGUGUGCGUGUGUGUGUGUCAAGUUCAUUUCAAACUGUAGGUGUUCAUAUCGGGCCCAUCACAGAUGAGUCAGCUCCAGUGAGGUAGUAGUCUGUUGUCCUGCACCCAUCUCACUGUCCUACUCUAUUUUGUUUGCCCAACUUUUCCUCCUCCACCUCCUGCUGCAGCUGUGAAUGUAGCUGCAGGUUGUGGUUUUCCAAAGACAAAGUUAGAAGCUGCCCACCUCAGUUUUAAAUCUAUUAAUGGACAUUUUCUUCCAUAACUUAAUUUGCAUGAUAUUUUAACCCCAGCAAUAAAUCGGAUACCUACCUUUGCACUACCUGGUUUGGGCAUUUUAUUGUUAAAGGGAUUUAAUCACAAUCAAACUUAUGUAUUAUGUACUGUAGGUAUUUUUGUAAGAUACAUGUUAAGCUAUUUAUUUCUCCAUUUCAAAUUUCAGUGACAGUCAACGUUUGGUUGAAUGUUCUCUUCUUGGUCAGCACGUGGAUGAAUGUGGAUAUCAUCAGAUGUAAAGUAGUGUGUCUUAUGUUCAUGGUUCAGUGUUCGUGUCAGUAAUUCAACAGGCUCUAAAUGUUUUUCAGAGCCAGUUUAGCUCACCAGCAUAAACUCAAUCCAAGCAUUUCCAUUAUUCAGCUGUGGAUAUUUGGGAAUAUGUUUAACUAUCAAUUGAUGUUGCUAUUUUAUAUACAAGCUUAUGAAGUACAGACUAGCACCAAUAGCCACAGUACAGUUACAAGAUUUGACAUUACGCUGGAGGCAAAAUGAAGUAUACGUAGUUGAAACAAGC